UGUCGAUAAACAGGCCUGAGGUUGUUUUACUUCAAAAUCGAAUUAAAAAUGACGCCUGAUUUAUGGGUUAGUGAACAGUUUAAUAAUUUCAUCUGCUGUAUAUGGACGUUAAAUUUUUGUGCCAAGGCAUUAGAAUGUUACACCGAGAAGAGGCUGCAAAUACUCCACCAAAGGAUUUAUAACGAACUGGCAAGCAUUCCACAAUGUAAACACAAGUGUAGUUCGGUACAUGGAGGACAAACACACUUGUGGUGUCAAUAUUGCAUCGGCUGGAAAAUACGUCUCGAAAAAGAAAAGGUAACGAAAAGUCGUUUUAAUUUUGUAAGAUGCCAGUCAUGGAUGUGGGCAAAUUCGUUCCACGAUAUCAUCGAUGUGUUUGUUCCAUCAAACUGGAAAACAACACCAGAAAUAACAGAUGUUUCAUGCGCUUGCAACCUCUGGAAGAAUUGUAAAGUUUUUAAGUUAAAUGACAACACAGUGUCUAGAAUUCAGGAUUUAAGAAACAAAAUAUAUCACGAUUGUAGCAGAACAAUGGAAGUUUCUUUGGAUUUAAAAAGUGAAGUAUUUGACGCGGCUUUUGAUCUCAUUUAUGAUGCUGAUGUACAACCAUUUUUGGAUAAAGCAGCAUGCAAAAAGAAACUUGAAGAACUUCAAAACGGAAACACAGCCUUUCAGGAUGUAAUACAACAUUUUAAAGAGGAGAUGAAUGUCUUAAGCAAAACUCAGCUUGAAUUGGUCGCAAAUGACAAUAACAUCAUACAAAAAAUAGAACAUAUAGAAUGGGAAAAAAACAUUAAGGUUACGAAAGUAUAUAAGUUUUUUUCAAAACUACAGAAAUAUGCACGGGAAACGUUGACACUAAUAAAAAGCAAUCCUAUGUCCGUUACUACUUUCAUCCUUAUUUGUGCACUUUUGAUGGCAGUAAACAAAUUGUAUUUCCAAGAACAAGACCAAAGUCAUAUGGAGUCAAAGCAAUGCGUACCAGAGCAGUAUUCUUAUCCCUUCCCACAAGAUUUGCCAUUGGUUGGUUACCUCAAACAACACACAGAUUUGAUUGGACGUGAAUGGCUUUUUACAGAGAUGGAGAGUGAUAUUUUAUCUCUUGAACAUAAGAGGGGCGUUUUCGUUAGUGCUGAGCUAGGGUAUGGUAAAUCUGCAAUUAUUUCACAUCUAUUAUGUGCGGGAGAGGGUACAAAGGGUUUUGUUCUCAAUAGGAAAGUCGUUGCCUUUCAUGUUUGUAAAUUCAACGUUGAAAGCACAAGAAACCCAUAUAGAUUUAUCAAAAGACUAGUUGGAUCUUUUGCAACGAAUAAUCCAGAGUAUGGAACGAAACUUGCAUUUUUGCCAAGCACCUCCUUAAUAUUCAACGAAGAUAAGUGCACUGUUGAAAUAGAAGCCUGUUUUGAUCAGGCAAUUACCCACCCAUUAAAUGAAAUUGGGGGGAAACUAGAAACACAGAUUGUUGUUAUUGAUGCCCUCGACGAAUGCUAUGAAAAAGAACGAAACCUUAUUUUAGAAAUUACUCAGACAAGAAUACGACUUUUGCCAAAGUGGGUGAAAUUUAUAAUCACCUCCAGAAAUUUUACAGUACCGCCUGCUUUUCAUCGUUAUCUCAAAUUAUAUUUUUUGAAUUACACUGAUGAAAGAAAUAUAAAUGAUAUUGAAAGAUAUCUGAGGUAUCAUGAGGUCAAUGUGAAUGUGUCAAAGCACAUCAAAGAGGGGGAUAGCAGUUUUUUAUAUGUCGUACAUGCGUUGCGGUUUUUGGCUGAAACCAACCAAACUAGAAUUGAUAAGAUACCUCUUUCUCUAGAAGAUAUAUAUGAAAUGAAUUUCGAACGACAAUUUGGACAGAGCGGUUUUCAGGAGGUCAAACCAAUAUUCGAAUUAGUCUGCGCUUCCGUUACCUCACUUCAAUUGACGGACGUAUUUGAGAUUUUAGAGUUUAAUAAUGUUUCGGAUAAGAACACACUUAACGAGCGAUACAGGAAACUGACGUUCUUUUUUUGGGAAAUUGAAGGCAAGGUAAAUUUCAUUCAUCAGUCGUUAUACAAGUGGCUUAUAAGUGUUGAGAACAGUUUCUACAAGAUUUCACUCCAGUCUGGGCAUAUGAUGAUGGCAAGAUUCUUAAUGAAUGCUACACGAAGUAAAACCAUAAACGACAGCAUGGUCAACCUAGCAAUUCAUACUGCUGCUUCUGGUGACAAACUCCUAGAAACGCUGUUCAAAUCUAUGAAAUUCACUGAGAAAUAUCCCCUUCAUGACCUCAUAUUAAAAACAUCAUCAGUUGAAGCUCUAAGGCUUGUACAUUAUCACGUAAACGAAACAGACUCCCUCGAUGAAAUGUUAACGACGCCUGCAUACAAAGCAUCAUCAAAAGGUCAUACAGCACAGCUAAAAUAUCUUUUUGAGAAUGGAGCUGACCUUGAUUUUUUUCAACCAGUACAGGCAUUUUGUCAACUGGGCUUUAUGAAGACGCAAGAAAGUAUUAACUUCUAUCAAAACGCAAACAUUUCUGGAUAUGGGCUGCUUCACAUUGCAACGUAUUAUGAGCGACAAGGAACAAUUAGAUUUCUUAUUGACAACAUCAGUAACAAAACGUUGAAUAAAAGGUCAAUUUUUGGACAGACAGCAAUUGACAUAGCAUGUGAAAAGGGGAAUUUUGAAAGUUUUGUUCAACUGUUCAAUGCUAGGUCUUCCUUGACAGGAUGUAUGCAUUACGCAGCCAGAGGAAAUAAUUUAGAGAUCGUACAGUUUUUGGUUGCAAGGGGAAUGAAUCCCUUUUGUGUUGGAGACAGAGUGUCCGUUAAUGCACUUGCGCAAAUAAAGGACGUAUCACAAUGUGUACCAAACUUUGAAUUUGGAUCAGAGAAAUACAAUGUCCUGGAUUUCUGGUGGAAGGUGUUGAAAAAUAAUCCAUUACAUGUGGCCAUUCAAGUAAGAGCAAAUGAUGUCGCGAAAUACCUAAUUGAUAAUUUCCCCGCCUUAAUAUACUGCAAAAACGCCGUAGGGUUCACGCCUUUCUUGUUAGCAAUUAAGUCAAACAACACGGAAAUAUUUUCGAUCCUUGCAAGACAAGCCUCUGAGGACAAAUGUGGAAACAUGACUGGCCAUAUUGAUACCAUAUUUCAGUCGAAUGAAAAUAUUCCAUUGUGCCCGACGGGUGGUAAUUUUGCCCAUGUUACUGCUUCACACGAUUCCUUUGAAUUUCUUCAACACGCUGUCAAAACAUUCUCAACGUCUGACCAAUGGGUUACUUUAGACUACAAAGGUUUAUAUCCGGUCCACUACGCUAUCAUUUAUGAUAAUGCUAUAUUUGUUAAUUUCCACAUACAACAUUUAGACAAAAAAUAUAGUUUAUCAACGAGGACAUCAAAUGGGUCUAGCGUGUUGCACCUAGCUGCUCUUCACAAGUCAUUCUUAUGUAUUAAUGUGUUAAAGGAUUAUUUUAAAAAUGAACAUGGUUUCAAAGACAAUUCUGGCCGGAAUCCCAUUCAUUACCUUUUCCAUCAACGAAAUGAAAAUAUAACCCACCAUAACAGUUAUCUUGUGGCCUACAUAUUUAAUAAUUUAAGGUUAUUUUUUUCAUUGAAUGCAACUGACAACUUUGGAAGAAACUUUGUACAUUAUGCCUCACUAAACGGUUACUUGCGAGUUCUUCCUUUAAUACAAUCACAUAUAGAUGAGCAGGUUAUUUUAACCCUUUUUCUUGGUCGGGAUCACCAAAACUUAACACCAAUAGAAUAUUUAAUGACCAAUAUUUCUGAUUCCAACGCGCCUUAUGUUUACUUAUUUACAGGAUUAUUUGAAGAAUUUUCGGAUCAUUCAGUUCAACCAGUUUAUAAAAAACAUGUCAUUUCAGAUGUUUGGGAAAUCGACCUUUUUUUCUAUUUGCACACAACGACUCUUUCCUAA